AUGUCUGCCAUGAAAAAAUACUUCUGGGACUCGGAGGAGACUGAAUAUAUGUUAAAAGUUUUAAGGGAGCUGGACAUAGCGAAGCACUUGGACGGUCGGAAGGUUCGAAACCUGAAGUUGUUCAAGGUAGCAGAGAAGAGAAUGAAACAGGCCGGGUAUCACAGAUCAAUUGACCAGAUAAGGCACCGAUGGAAAGUUCUCAAGACAUCGUAUUAUAGCUGGAAUAACAACCAGCAAACAGUGAAACUUACUCGUUUCCCACAAUAUGCAACCACGAUGCAAUCAAUAAUGGAUGAAUCUGAAACAUGGAACCGCUCGCAUGACACCAACCGCGGCCCUGUUCGUAUUCGGAAUAGGCCUAAGCCUACAGUGCAUGAGGAAGAGACUGAAGAUUCCGAAGAAGAAGUAGUAACUGCUGCUCAGUCGUUGCAUGAUAAUUCUACUGUGGAUGUCAUUGUAGGCAAUGCGCUCAUUUGAUUUCUUACCAUUGCCCAGACGUCAAGCCCAUGAUUAUGUUGUCUGUGCCCUGGCACUGUAUUCCCUAUACAGUGCACUACUUUUGACCAGAACCCUAAGGGAAAGGGGAUACCUAGUCAGUUGCACAACAGAAUGCAUUCAACCGAAAUGUGUCCUCUGCUUUUAACCCAACCCCUCUGAAUCAGAGAGGUGUUGGGGCUGCCUUAAUCGACGUCAUCGGCACCCGGGGAGCAGUUGUUGUGGGGGUUAACUGCCUUGGCAGAUUUUUCCACCUUGCCGCUCAGGCAUUCGAACAAGCAACCUUACUGUCCCAACACUCUAACUGCUAGGCUACCUGCCGCCCCACUAUGAGCCCAUGUCAAAAGUAGUACACUUUAUAGGGUGCCAUUUGAGACGCUAGUGAUGAUGUCAUUAUAAUCAUUGGUGCCCCUGUUAUGGUUCAUAAAACUAGUGAUUUAUCUUUGCCCCCCAUGCAGAUCAAGACAGACCCAGACCCAGAGACGCCUCCUGAGAUGGACUCCAACCUGAGAAUCGGCUUCAUCGGGGCAGGCAACAUGGCCUACGGGAUAGCCAAGGGAGUCCUGCAGUCUGGUAGGUCAACAGGGAGAAUAUAGUGUGUGUGUGUGUCUUCUUCAGGGCAUGUAACAUGGCCUACGGGAUAGCCAAGGGAGUCCUGUAGUCUGGUCAGUGAGCCAACAGUCAGAAGAAUCUAGUGUGUGAUCUAGUGUGUGUGUGUCAGGGUUGGGGUCAAUUCGAAUUGAAGUCGGUCAAUUCAGGAAGUGAUUUGAAUAUAAAAUCCCAAACUGAAAAAACGUCUUGCAUAAAUAGCUUCUCCUUUUCAGUUGAUUGAGAAGUCAUUGAAAGUAGAUGCCCUUUUUUGCAAAUAUUGAAUUGGAAUUUCAGUUUACUUCCUGAAUUGACUGCCUUCAAUUAGAAUUGCCUGCCUUCAAUUCGAAUUGACCCCAACUCUGGGGUGUGUGUGUGUGUGUGACUCUUGACUUGCCUAAAAAAACUUGCAGAAUGUUUAAUUGCAGGAGAUGUCCCUCCCACCAACGUUAAAGUGAGCGCACCCUCCACAAGGAACUUUGGUCGCUUUCAGGUACACAUUCCUCUUCUUUCCACACCCACUUAUUUUCUCCACCCCCGUCAGUCGAUAUCAUCACUGUAUUUACAUUGAUGAAUCGAUUGCUCUACAAAUUUGUGUGUGUGUUAUGCACAGUGCACAGAGCUACCAUUCACCUCUGUUUUCAUUUUAUUUCAGGAGUUGGGGGUGGCUGUCACCCACUCCAAUGCAGAGCUGGUCAGUAGCUGUGACAUGGUGUUUGUGGCGGUCAAACCACACCUCGUUGCAACCGUUCUCAGUGAGAUUACAGACCACGUCACCCGGAAACACAUCAUUGUCUCCGUGGCAGCAGGUGUAACCUUGGCAACGCUUCAGGGGGUGAGUCCUGAGGAGAGGGUUGGGUUUUUAAACUAUUGCUUAGUAACCUGAGUAACUUGAGUUGCUUGAUUGGUUGAUCAGAUAUCUGAUAGACAUGCCUGUAGUAUAUCUGGCGAUUUUUUUUCUUUGCAGACAAACAAAAGGCAAGAACAUUUCGAGCAAUAAAGCAAAAUACCAUAAUUGUGUGUUUCGUUCUCUGUCACAUGCCCUCUCUCUUCUUCUUCCUCCUUCCCUCCAUCCAUCCUAACACCGCUGUUCCUCUCGCUCUCCCUCUCUCAUGUCUUCCCCCCCCUCUCCUCCAGCUCCUGCCAUUUGAUGCGGUGGUUUUGAGACUGAUGCCCAACCUUCCCUGUCUGGUCCAGCAAGGGGCACUGUUGUUCUCGCGGGGGACGCGGGCUCGGCAGGAGGACGGGGAUCUGCUCCGCUCGCUGCUUCAGCAUUGUGGCCUGGUGGAGGAGGGGCCCGAGGCCUGGAUAGAUAUCCACACUGGGCUCAGCGGCAGUGGGGUGGCCUUUGUGAGUGGGAGGGGAGGGAUGGCCUAAUCCAAGGGUAUUCAACUCUUACCCUACAGGUUCCGGAGCCUGCUGGUUUUCUGUUCUACCUGAUAAUUAAUUGCACACACCUGGUGUCCUAGGUCUAAGUCAGUCCCUGAUUGGAGGGCAACAAUGAAAAAAUGCAGUGGAACUGGCUUCGAUGUCCAGAGUUGAGUUUGAAGGGCCUAAUCUAUUGAAUUUCCACUCAUUGUAAGUCGCUAUGGAUAAGAGUGUCUGCUAAAUGACUAAAAUGUAAAUGUAAAAUGGAUGGAGGGAAGGUAGGAAUAGAGGGGUGGGAGAGGGAUGGAGGUAAAGAAAGGAAGAAGGGAUAGAGGGAUGGAGAAGACAAGACUGAAAGGGGUAACGUUCUGGUCAUAACAGAGUCCUUGGCCCUGCAGGUGUAUCUGUUUGCAGAGGCGCUGGCUGAGGGAGCAGUGAAGAUGGGCAUGCCCAGUGCUCUGGCCCAUAGCAUCGCUGCUCAGACUGUAUUGGUGAGUUUCUGGGUUUCAUAAAGCAGCCCUCAUUUGUAUUAUAUUAGCACAGGUACUUCUGUGUCUCUGUUCAUGUAUAAUGUUCCUUUCUUUUCCAGGGGGCAGGCCAGUUGUUGAGGGACUCAGGGAAGCAUCCAGCCCAACUGCGUUCGGAGGUGUGUACACCAGGAGGCACGACUAUCUUUGGGCUUCAUGCCAUGGAGCAGGGGGGUGUGAGGGCCGCCACCAUGACUGCUGUGGAGACUGCUACUGAGAGGGCCAGGGAGCUGGGCAGGAAGUCGGCGCCCACGGCCACAGAAAAUAGGAAGUGA